AUGGUUUUCCGUAUUGUCUAUCGGGUUAUCUACGGCUUUAUCGGCAACGAUCGAGUGGUCGAACGGUUAGCCCAGUCAACAAUUAUUCGCCGAUCGGCACAAUUGACUGCCCGUUGGCUGACCAGAGGUCGACAGGCAGUCGAAGAUAGUAUCGGCGGAGAUGUCCGCAACAAACAAGAAGUUAUCGAUGAUCUUCUCAGACGACGGACAGCUGACAAAACGGGAAGUUUUGGCCAUCGAUUUGUCCAUCGAUUUCGACGCGAACUUAAAGACCAGUUUAACGAAGCAAAGGAAGAGUUGGGUCAGAGAAGACAUAGAAGAUAA